AUGGACUCGUCGUCGUACUCCGUGCCCUCGAUUAGUACCGGCUCGCUCUCGUCUGGCAACGCCGGCACCUCCACCGCGAGCCGCACCGCUCUCACCAACCCUUCCGCGAGUCGGUGGCUCAAAGCCAUUUGGACCUAUCUCCGUCAAAUAAAUCAAAACAGUACCACAACCCACUACAAAGGCACCGGUCCGUCGCGCUGGAAUCGCACCCGUCUGGGCUUCGGCUCAACCGAUCCCGCGUCGUCGUCGUCGUUCAAGUUCAAGCCCGCCUUUCUCGCCGACGUAAUGGCCACCAACCUCUCCCAGCUGUGCCUGCCUGCGUGAGUCCUUCCCGGGGAGCGCCGUCAGCUUUCGUGUACUCACUCCUUCCCUUGACAACAACACCAGGUACAACGUACUCGACAAUCAUCUCAACCAGAACCCAUGCGAGGUCGCACGCGCUCUCCUCGACGAGUGCAACGACAACAAGAACGAGCCAAACUCGUCGCGCUACUACCCCCUCUUUGCCCUCGGCCCGCUCGGAGGCACGACCCACACCUAUGCCCAACCGGCCAAGGAUCAGGUCAAUGAUUGCAUUUGUUCAAGUGGGUGCACAUCAAUCUCUUCGAUCUUCUAUGGCUCUGCACUAACGCCUUCUGUUGCCCCCCCCCCCCCCCCCCCCCCCAGUGACGACCUAUAACCUUAUCCAGGUUCGUUUUUCUCAUACUGACCGAGCUCGGUUCCCGGCACAGGAUAGAAAAAUUGCUAGGACCGAAAGACUCAACCAUAGUUUGCAUUCACUUCUUCCAGGCUUGCGCGGCAUGUCAAUUUUACGCUCUGCCCUCAUCGACACCACGCGUGAGUCCUCACCUCCCCGGUUUUUCCUCAUUCUUUUCAGGCCCCGUCGGCUGAAUGCAGACUGCUUUGCCUUGACUGCAGUGGGCCACGUUUUCUUCAAACUGCUCGAUUACAGAUAAAGGCUUUGCGAGACCGUUGCAAGACAAGGAUCAGAUCCCGAGUUGGGCUUGGGCUGUAAGUGUCAUGGACAAUCCGCCGGCUAACCUCAAAAAGGACAGAUGAUUAAUUGUGGAGGGUUGCUCUCCCAUUUCGUAGGACAACUCCAAUGGAGCACUUAAUGUCCAAGAAGCGUAAGCACAUCUUCAUGCAUAUCUUCCAUUUUUUACUACAUAUCCUGACCCUCUCCACCGGCCCACAGUCUGCUCCAAGCGGUGAUGAAAAACGCGCAGCACCGCUCCAACUCGAGUUCGGCCUUGGCCUCGUUCCCGACGCCCGCCCUCGCUCCUCCGGCCUCAUCCUCCUCCUCUUCCGCACCCGCCUCUCCGACCGCUGCCGCUACCUCCGCGGAGAUGAACUCGACGUCGGCUUUGGGAGGGUACCAGCGAUCCGGUAGCGGACAUGGACCCCAUGGUACACCCCCACCGAUCAUCGCCGCGCUCGUCCUCUCGAUCCUCUUCUCCCUCGGUCUGAUCAUCAUGAUCGGUCUAUGGACCCGUCAUCGAAGGCGCGUAGCAGCCCAUGGGAAACGAUUAGCUUCCUCGGACGAUUUGCACCGCAAUAGGGAGGGCUCGUCGAUGCCGGACCACGGAUCGAGCAUGAGAGAACGGGAAAGGAACGAAGGUGUUUUGGCUUGGUUACCUCCCACAACGCUGUCGAGUCAAAGAUCUUUCUCGAGAGGUUAUGAAGGGGAGGCGGAAGAGGAGGAAGAGGAGGAAUUGGGGUCCGAGAUGAGUUAUGCGACCAAUUCGGUGUCGAUCGGUGGACCGUUGGCGAGUGAGCGGGGUGGCGCGGGGGGUAGAUGGUUGAAUUUACCUUAUGGGCAGGCGCUUGGAGCGAAGGGACGAAUCGCGGCGAGUACGUUGUACACCACCACCACGAGAUCGUCGUUCGAUUCGCAGAGUGGAACAGCACCCCUUUCCCUAGGAUACGGAUCCGGCUCCCGAACGAAUUACUCCACCUCGGCCCGCGACCUCUUCGACGAUACUCAUUCUUCCUUCGUACAAGACGAAGACGAUUCUCAGGACCCCCGAGGCGGAGGGAACGAGCGAUCCACCUUAUUACGCGGUUCCCUCGCCAAACCUCCAAGAGUGAUCAUUUCGAAUCGGGACAAUCUGUAUCACUCGAAUGUGGAGACGAGGAUUGAGGAAGUGGGCUUUUAUUCGAGGCCGAGGCCGAGGAGUUUGGCGAGUUCGACGGGGGCGACGUAUGGGUUGGGGAUGAGGAGUGAUUCCGAGGGAGAGGAGGAGGACGAGCAGGAUGAGGAGAGUGGGGAUGAGGAUGAAGAGGGAAGUGAUACGGAAGAGGGGAGGUCUGGCCCCAAGGGAAGAGGGAGGAAGAAGGUCCUUGAUGUCGAUCUGAUCUCGCUUAGUAGUGGUUUGUAG